UAAAAUAACGUUGUUUGGCUUUGUUUUGGACUAAAAAUCUAAAUGUGUUUUCAUCAGUCGAGCAAACGAUCUUCUUUACUUGGACAUUUGGGCUUCUGCUUGUGGAUUUGUUAGUAGGCUCUACUGCUGGCACCAUGCCUUAUCAUGAUGAGGAGUACCCCGGUCAGCCUCUGUGGCAGUCUGUGCUGCUUUUCUGCUGCAAGGGCAUGAUCGAGGGCAUCAUGGUCAUUCUGUUCUUCUGGCUUCUGGUUCAGGUCCUGUUCACCAAACAGUUAGAAGUUCAUCUCCAGAUUCUUCUUCUGGUUGGGCUGAUCACCUUUUGUCUGUGUUUGGUCCUGGGAUGCCUUCUGUGCUUGUGGAAAAGUAAAGUUUCUCGAGUGAAAGACAAAGCUCCUGCGACAUCAGCACCAGCUCCUGCUGAACCUGUGUCCUUUGCUCAGACCUCACCUUCUCCCUCAGCAGCAGCAACAGCAUCAGCAUCCAAGCAGCAGUUUGAUGAGCUGGAUGAAGAAGUGCUGGAGUACCCGUCCACUUUUAGCAGCGCUGCUACUUCAGAGGGUGAAUUUGGCUCUCUGGCAUUUUCAAAUCAAACUUCCUGUGAACAAAAGGAGCCUCCAAAGUCUUAUUUUUCCCUGCGCCGCCUCAGCACACCUCUGCUUUCAUCACCCCUUUAUAAACCAUUAGACCAGAGUCAUAGCUCGCUGCCUUCCUUUCCCAAACUGGGACUACUGGCCAAAACACGUAAGGCCCUGCAGCGACGCUGCACUGUAACUGGGGAAGACAUAUCUUAUAAUGAGCACACUAGACUCACCAGACCCAGUGCUGGCUCUCCUUCUACAAAAGAAAAACCUAUCCCAUUGGCCCCACUAAGCUAUGGCUCCAGUGCAAGCUGCCAACAUCCAAUAGCACCAAAACCCUGCCUCCACUUCACUAUGGCCUUCUCUCCAGGGCAGCAAACCCUGACAGUCACUGUCCUCAGCCUCAGUGGGAUGCCUCACAGGCUGGAAGAUGUGUCUGUGCAGGGCAGCCUACCACCUCUCUGCCCCUUUCCUAUGAAAGCCGCUGUGCAGAGCAGCUCCAGCUCUGAAGCCCACAGCCUGGUGCUAAUUUUUAAGGUGAGCUUUGUGGAGGAGCUCCAAAUGUGUGUACUGAAGGUAGCUGUGAAUGCACGAGAACCAGCGAGCCCCAGACGCAGUUCUCUGGGUGAACUGGAAGCCGAGUGUGCAGGAAGAGACUGGACACCACAGACGCCACUUCACUUAACAAAAGAACUCAAUCGAAGCAAGUAGAAAAUAAAAAAGGUAGCGAAGGUUAUACACCUGUGAGUGGUUUAAAUGUCCGUACUUGGAGGUAAAAGCAACUUGAAUGAUUGAUUAGGAACCUUUCGGGUACAAAUUUUAGACCUCUGAACUUAAAUCCUGGAACAAUAACAAGAUGGAAGAAAAUGUAAACAAAUUUCCAGAUUUUUUUUCUGUAGUUUUAUUUAUUCAUUGCUGUGUAUGACAGAGCUAAAUGUUCAAGUUGCAAUUCCUGCCAAUUAGGAAUGCCCUCUUUGCUCUUUGAACUUUUGCCCUUUGAUUGCAGAGUCUGACCUCUCAGGAUGCACUGAUGUGUAAGGGGCUUAGCUGUCCUCCACAGAUCUUCAUUUUGCUUCAUUAUCAGACUGUCGCACUCUGUUAAAGUCACGGUCCUCAGAGCUGAUAAUCUAGACAGCCUUGUUUCUACAUCAGUGGCAGCAGGUAAAACCAGAGUUUGGUGUCACUUAAACUCGACAAAAUGCGUAUGUGAUUUCAGAAUGCUAUAAGGGCAUAAUAGACAGAUGUAU